AUGGCCGCGCAGUCCAAACUGUCGGUGCUGACGCCGCCCAGCGACCGCACCAUCCGAUCCGUCGUCGCCAACCUCACAUCUCUCUACCUGUCCAAUCGCUCUCGUAUCUCCCGCGCCGUUUGGAUCACGCUUUUCGUCGCCCUAGCAAAUCGCAUUCGCCAUGCCAUUUCCGAGCAAAAGGCCGCUUCCCAGCGCGAGUCUUCUCAACGCGCUGCCCGCAGCGGUGUCACGACAUCCACGGGCGAGACCGAUGAGCCGGCCAAAAAGAAGAAGGUCGAGCUGAACCGCGAGUUCUUCCGCUCACUGUUGCGCCUCCUCAAGAUUGUCAUACCAGGGUGGAAAAGCAAAGAGACGCGGCUGCUAAUCAGCCGCUCGUUCUUCCUCGUCAUCAGGACCCUCAUCAGUCUGAAGGUCGCCGCCAUGGAUGGCCAGAUUGUCAAGAGCCUGGUCAAGGGCAACGGGCGCGAAUUCCUGAUGCGCAUCGUCUGGUGGAUGCUGAUUGCGGUGCCGGCGACGUUCACCAACUCUAUGCUCUCCUACCAUCAGGCCGAGCUUUCCCUCAAGUACCGCACGCGCCUGACCCAGCACAUCCACGACAAGUACCUGUCCCAGUUGACCUUUUAUGGCAUUUCGGCGCUGGACGACCGGAUAAAGAACGCCGACCAGCUCAUCGCCGUCGAUGUGGCCAAGUUUUCGAACAGCCUGGCUGAGGUCUACAGCAACUUGGCGAAGCCUUUGCUCGAUAUGCACUCGCGUCUGAUCGACCACGCAGAGGAGGUUGCCCCUUUCAAUGGCCACGAAGCCGAGAAGGAUACCCUCGAUAAGGGCUACUUCACGCUCAUUAAGCACGUCAACUACAUCCUGCGCCGUCGCUUCUACCAUGGUUUCAUGGAAGACUUCGUCAUCAAGUACUUCUGGGGUGCUCUUGGUCUGCUCUUGUGCAGUGCGCCGGUCUUCGUGAAGAUGCCUGGCCACGUUGCCAUGAGCAUGGGUGAUCGCACUGAAAGCUUCGUAACAAACCGAAGAAUGCUGUUGUCUGCUUCGGAUGCGUUUGGUCGUGUCAUGAACGAUAUUCGCUCUGGUCACUUUGAAAAGAAGCUGGAUUCGAGCUCUGGCACCGAAGGCAACGAAGCUGUUCUUAAGAGGCGAGACACCGUCAUUGAGAGCGAAGACAUUGAGUUCAAGGAUGCGCUUUCCUUCUCCCUCAAGCCCGGCGACCACCUGCUUGUCGUCGCCCCCAACGGCUGCGGCAAAUCAUCCCUCUUCCGCAUUCUCGGCGGGCUUUGGCCCGUCUACGGUGGCACUGUCCGCAAGCCGCCUUUCGCCCACAUCUUUUAUAUCCCCCAACGUCCUUACCUCUCUCGCGGCUCUCUCCGCCAGCAAAUCACGUACCCCGACUCUCUUCGCCAAGUCCGCGCGCGUGGUGUUACGGAUUCGGAUCUCGAUGCCAUCCUCGCCAUCCUCGGACUGGAGCAUCUGCCAGCGCUGUAUGACGGCGGGUGGGACGCCGAGGCUGAAUGGCGCGACGUCCUCUCCGGCGGCCUGCAGCAGCGCGUCGCCAUGGCGCGUCUGUUCUACCACAAGCCCAAGUACGCCAUCCUGGACGAGUGCACGAGCAGCGUGACGCUCGACACGGAAAAGGUCAUGUACGACACGGCCAAGAGCCUCGGCAUCACCCUCAUGACGGUCAGUCACCGCAAGAGCCUGUGGAAAUACCACUCGCGCAUUCUGCAGUUCGACGGACAGGGCAACUACGUCUUCACCAAGCUCGAUCCGGAGCGCAGGCUGAAGCUGGAGGACGAGAAGGAGGAGCUUGACGUGCUGUUGCGACAGGUGCCUGAGCUGGAGAAGCGCGUUGCCGAGUUGACGGCGGCGUGA